AUGCGGCAUAUCAGCGAUGGUGAUGGGCAGUGUGGCCUUCAUAGAAGAGAGGCAGAAGUUUAACAUGGGCCUCGGGAUACCGGCUGGUGGCAUCAGUGUUCUAGCAGCUGCGGUGUCCAUCCACACAUCGCGGGGUUGGGCAGUGACGAGCGGAGCGGCAGCGGGAGCGGGCGUGGCGAGCGUUCUGUGGGCUGGCGCGGCGUGUCUGCUUAUUGCGCUCGUCGUGCAGUGCUGUAGGACGAUAAUGGGACCGCCUGGAUUCGAACACGGGGACGCAUACGAUGAAGAAUCCCGCCCCUCACCCCGCGACCUGGUCGUCAUAGCGUGCGUCCAAAUCGCUCUCGCGUUCGCUACACUCCUGAGCGCGGCCGUAUGCGCGCGGAUCGACUGCGCAUGACGCGAACCUCCGCGGACACUCGCGCGCCGACGCGUGUCCGCGCCUGCGGAUCCUGCGCCCACCCCUCCGAGGGAAAAGGGGGGGAGGGUGGCUUGGUUGAUAUAAAAGGUGAACUCUAAAUCAUAAUACCUAUUCAUGUAUUUACAAGUGUGACUUUAAUUAUGGUAAUAGUGACAAGGUGGACGGUAACUAAGUACUUAGUUAUAGUAUUUAUUUAUGAACACAUGUGAUUGUAUAAUUAAUUAUGUCUGAAUGGUGUGGUAAA